AAACAUUUGCUACUGCGCAUGCGCAUAUCACCUCCCUUCAUAUUUUAGCCAAUGCCAUGUAGGGCUCUUGGACAUUUUAGCGUAAUCUACUACAGUUUUGAUUUAUUUCCAGUUUUUUUUUUUUUAAGAAAUGUCCGAGCUUGAAGCUAGUGUAUCGUGUUCUCCGCAGUGUGCGGAAACAGACAAAAUCAAAAAUUCAGACGAAAUCAAUCCAGAAACAGUACAAAACACUAACACCAAUAUUUCUCAGGUUGAAGAAGGGUCUCAGAGCGACAGUGGUCUUCUCGAAGGCUUGUUGACAGAUAACUUCUGUCACGUCUGUGAAGCAACCCUGCUUUAUGAGUCCCAGAGGAUUUCUCAUUAUGAGGGGAAAAAGCAUGCACAAAGAGUCAGGAUGUACUUGCAGAACAAGAACACUAAAAUAAAUAAGCCGAGCCAAGAUUGUGGAGGCCUUCUGAGAGGUCUGUCUGCAGAGAAGUUCUGCGAGCUGUGCAACAUGGUAUUCAGCUCUCCGACUGUAGCCAAGUCGCACUAUGAGGGCAAAGUUCAUUCAAAGAACAUGAGAAAAACCAAUCCUCUGCCACCUGGAUCACCUGUUCUAGAGCCCACGAUUCCUGAUGUACACCCAUCAGAGGCUGCUGUGCAGAAUCAGAUCAGUUUGGAGCAGAAGGACACUUCUGGCUUGGGCGAUCAAGAGGUUGAUCUCAGUGACCCCAACAAGUACUGUACACUGUGCAGCGCUUCCUUUAACAACCCUCUGGUCGCCCAGCAGCACUACAGCGGCCGGAAGCAUCAGAGGAACCAGGCCCGGCAAGAGAUGCUGGAUCAGAUGGGGGAACAGGCAGAACAUGCAAGCUCCCUGACUUGUCCGAUUUGCUGUCUGACGCUCAGUUCAAUAGAGAUGUACCAGGCUCACAUGCAGGGAAACAAACACUUUGUCAAAGAGAAGAAAGUUAUGGAACUGUGCAAAUCUCAGAAGAAAAUGUACGACUCUUUCCAGGAUGAGCUGGCUGACUACAUCCAGGUGCAGAAGGCCCGGGGUCUGGAUCCCAAAGCAGGGCUGGGCACCAUAGGACAAGCAGGCAAGGGUCUAGAUGAGAGUGUGAAAGAAAGUCCACAGAAAGCGGAAGAGAUUCCUCAACCUGGGAAGCUGGUACCACGUUUUCCAUCUCCUGGUUUCCCUCAACCUCACUGGCACCCGCAAUUCCAGUCUCAGGUCAAUCAGUUUGGCUUUGGUAUGAGAGGCCCUGCCCCACACUAUCAGCCGGGAUUUAUGCCCCAUGCCCAUCCUCCUUUCCCACCUGGUCACCUGCAUAAAAGAGGGAGGAGCCCUGAGUCAUUUAGCUCCUCCUCUUUCUCAGACUCCUCCUCCUACACUAGCAGCAGUAGUGACCGCAGCAGCAGUUAUGACAGCAGAGAGAGGAGGAGACGGAAGAGGAAGAUGAAAAAGCGAGGAAAGAGAAGAAGAGACCUGGAGGACUGGUCUGAUUCGGAACGAGGAGAAAGGAAAAAGAGGCGGAAGGGAGACAGGAGAGGAAGUGUAGAAGGAGAAGAUGAUAGAAAGAAAUGGAAGGAGAGAAGAAAAAAAGAGAGGAGCUCUAGUGAAGAUGAGGAAAGCAGGAGUAAAAGAAGAGCAGGCAAGAAAAGUAGGAGGCACGGGGAGAGACGAAAAGAAGAGGAACUCUUGGAGAAACAAGAGGUUGAAGUGCACGGGGAACCACAAGUAAAGAUUGAGGAACCCGUAGAGGACAGGACAGAAACAAAAGAUGGCAAACACAAACAUAAAAAAGAGAAGAAAAAAGGAAAAGAGAAGAUGAAUCCAGAAGACAACAGGACAGAGGAGGAAAGACUCUGGGAUGAGACGAUUCUUGGCGUUUUUUAGACUUCUGAUUUUUUUUUUUUUUUUUUGAUGAUGAUGGUCUGACAGUAUUGUUCUAAUAAAACUGCACAGGGCACCAGAAAAGCGUUUUGCCGAAAUCUUCUGGGCCCUUCCACUAUUUAUGCUUUCCGAAGAACUCUAAAGUGCUUUCUUUUAUACAGAAACUCAUCUGAUCACAGUUCCUUUUUAGGGAAUCAACAGUGAACAUUUUGUCACGAUUCACUCACCAUCAUUUCAUUUCCAACUCAUAUGUCUUCUAUGGAACACGUUAAGAAUGUUAAGAAUGUUCAUGGUGCAAAACCGAUUGAAAAUAUUGGUUAAAAAUGUUGCUGCCUGCAUUUCCACCUAUUCAACCUUGCUGUGUUGUUAGCUAAAAAACUACAGCGUUUGUUAAAAACUGGCGGAACUGCUAUGUUUAGGGUACUUUUAGAGCUCGACAGCAUUCACUUUCACAGUGUGGAAAAGAGCAACAUCAACAUUAUGAUAUUUGUGUUCCACAGCUGAAAGGAGAUCAUACAGGUUUGGAAUGAGAUGAGGGCGAGCAAAUGAUGAAAAUGUUCAUUCCUUGAAUUGCUCAGGACCACAGACUUGAGGAUGUCUCUAGAGCUGCUCUUCUCUCUUGGAGAAAUCACUAACUUUAUACCUUGUGUUGUGAUGCAAAAACACUACGUGAGCCAUCCACCCAUGUCCAUGUGGAUGUGUCCUUCGACUUGCUUCAUGCUUUGAUCAAAUAAACCCCUCCCACUGUUUACAUCAA